AUGGGUGCCAAGAUUUUUAUUACCGUAGCUAUAGCGAGUAGUGCAUGCGCAAUUGUCGUGAUAUUAUUUGUUAUUAUAUCUUUGUUCAAUGAUAUUAGCGCACUGUAUGAUGAUGUUAUGGAAGAACUUCAUGAUUUCAAGAUAAUAGCAAACGAGACAUGGGACACCAUUCACUUGCUACACACCUAUCCAUCCGGAAAUGCGCUAACCUAUACUGAUUUAUUUGCCCGUAAUAAACGACAGAUUGAUUCGGAGCGUUGCAAAUGUGGUCUUUCCCCUAUAGAUUGUCCACAAGGACCACCUGGACUCCGAGGGAAUGAUGGAUGGAAAGGUUUAGAUGGAGAACCGGGAGAAGAUGGUCGUCAUGGUAUACCAGGUAUUAUUGCCAUGAUCAUCGACGGAAAACCUGGCAAUUGCACUUCCUGUCCACCUGGUCCACCGGGACCACGCGGACCUCCUGGUUCUCCUGGUGAUCGUGGGCUAAUGGGACGGAUUGGCAGUACUGGAGUUCCAGGAAAAAGAGGUGCAAGAGGUAGAAAAGGAGAUGCGGGACAGCCUGGGCGAGCAGGUAUUUCUGGAAGAUCGGGGGAACCCGGCCGACCGGGACUGGAUAGAAUAAGUAGAAGAAGUGUAAUAGGCCAAAAAGGCCUAAAUGGACAACGUGGUUUACCUGGUUCUCCAGGUAAGAAUGGUAAUGAUGGUGCUCAGGGUCCUCCAGGUAAACCAGGUAUACCUGGACAAUUUGGUGUCCCUGGAAAGAAAGGCAGAAAUGGACGCAUGGGAAUGAUGGGAUUAGCUGGACUACCUGGUUCAGACUCCUACUAUUGUCCAUGUCCAUUGCCAACCUCAAUGCUGUUAUUAUCCAAGAAAUGA